ACAAUGGGUUCCUGUGUGCUGGGACUGGCACAGCGAGUUCGCCCUGAUCGCCUGCCGACAAUUGGGGCUCGGUACGUACAAGUCUGAAGGGUAUGGCUACGACCACUCCAACAGAAACUGGCUCACUAUUCGAUGCGAUGGAUUCGAAGACAAUAUUGGAGAGUGCAGUUUGUAUCAAUCAAGUAGAUGCGAAAGUAGCUCACAAAGGUACCUGACGUUAACGUGUGACCCAACCCACGGCUGGGGAGGCAUUGUCUCGUUCUCGGAACAAACUUUUGAGCCACACAAUAUCAAUAUUUUACAUGUCGGACAUACACAUCUACACAAGGCAUCUGGUCUGCUCAUACAUGGCACUUCAGCCCCAAACCUCAUGAACAAUGUUGUCAUGGAACAAUUUGUCGGGGGUGCGUCUGGAAUACAGUACUUAGAUAUGCAGCCUUCCCAGCGCAUUACCUUGCAAAAUAUUACGUUGAUCAAUUCUGGCUCAAGAGACGGUGCUGGAAUCCAUGUCAACAAUAUACACUUCAUGUCAUGGUGGGACCUUGAAGUAAACGUAGCCAAGCGUUUAUUUUCGUUGGAAACAAUGUGCGGAGAGCAGGCGCCCCUUAUGUUACAGGAAGGGCAGCCACGGUGGAUCGUAAAUGGGAUCAGGAAGAGAGCAAGGCUGCGAUGUCACAGAACUGUAACGGCACCAGUUGGAUAUUACAUACGAGUCACGGUAACGAAGACUGACUUCAGUUAUCCAACAUCGAGAAACAGUCUCACUAUUUAUGAGUCCCUUGCAUUAGACGAAACUAAUGAAAUAGCGUCAUUCCAUUACAGCAAUGAAAUCAGCCAAUCCGGAAAUCCACGUGUAUUCUCAUCCAAUGGCUCUACCGUCACGUUAUUGCUACAAGCUUCAAGCUCACAGGUUGCCUUUUUUCUUGCAAAGUUUGAUGUAAUAAGGAAGGGUGAUGAUGGAUCAAGAAUAGAAACUCAAGCAUCACUUGACAUCAUCGACCUGACGGCUAAGUACUUUCAAUACGGCAUUCAGGUAUCAUCGGAUGUGACAAACCUACAUAUUAACAGAAGUACACUGUCCCAAUGUACUAAAGGGCUGUACGUACGAGGUCAAGGAGUAGCCGGGGGACAUAUUUCCGUGGAGUCAACGGUCGCCAGCCAAAACUCUGACGAUGGUAUCUACAUCUCGUCGUUGUUCGGUAGCGUCACGUUGUCGAAUGUAUCAGUUGUAAACAACUAUGACAAUGGGAUAUACAUCUCUGACAUAACUGGUACAGUAAACAUGAGUGAUAUCCUAUCUCAUUCUAACAAUUACCACGGAAUCUACCUAAGAGAUAUUGAGGGAAGUGCAUUACUCGCUGACGUAGUCGCGUCAGGCAAUGGAGCAUAUUAUAAUUAUGCAGGAAUAAACAUUUACCAUGAUAGCAACGUACAACAUGGCCAGUUCAACAUGGUAAAUGUUACAUGUCAGGACAACAGCGGAAAGGGCAUGAGCAUAGAUGUAAACUCUGAAGCAAGGGUGGAAAUACACAACUGUCUCGUGCAAGGGAAUGACCAAGGAGGGAUCUUUGCAGACUUCGAAAACACUCGGUCCAGCCAGUAUUCUGCUGUUAUUAUACACAGCAGCGAAAUUCUCAAUAACAGAAGAUUCGCCCUACAUGUGACGAGUAAACAGACAACACUUGAUAUUCUAAACAGCACAAUUUCCAAUAACAGCUGUCCUUAUCAACCAGCUGUUGGAUAUGAAGGCGAAAUGAAAGAUGUAAAUUUUACAAAUAAUCUCUUAGUCGGUAACAAUGCCAGAGAAACAUUGUCAUUUUUGUUCGGAGAUUAUACUCGAGAAUACGAUUCUUCACAAAUCUAUGUUGUUGGUAACAUCUUUCGUGACAAUAUUUACGAUCCAUCCCAGACCGACGGAAAUUUUCAGCACAGCCAGCACCCAGAUCAUACCUCGUGUAGUAUUGAGAUUGGCGGAUAUAAGCCCUACUAUCAUCUAAGUCACAACAUGCUGGAUAGUCCAGGCAUGAACUACACUAUGUGCAGUAGGGUCUAUACAACUACCCCUGAUGAGACGAUUGACGCCAGGUACAACUGGUGGGGGACCGCAGUUGAAAUUGAGAUUCGGGACAAGAUUUCUGACUUUGACGACUGGAACGACCGCGCGCCUGUAGAUUACUUCCCGUACCUGACAGGCCCUGACUUAUCCUCUCCACCAGCUGAUCCCUCCAGCCGGGAUGUUACCAUGACAACUGACAAUAUCGGAGGCAGGCUGUAUCAUUCUCUUCAUCUAGGAAAGGAUGGGGAUCCCUAUACCAUCAAAGCAGAUUUAACUAUUUUGAAAAACGCCUCACUUACAAUAGAUCCGGGGACUACUAUUAAGGUGCAUCCAUGUGUUGGUUUAUCAAGCCUCGGUUCUCUCGUCGCCCAAGGAACAAGAACAGAACCGAUCCUUUUUGAUCUUGCGGACGUGCUUGUUCACCAACCCCAGGUCCGGCUGGUGGGAGGGCGGUACCCUUGGGAAGGUCGUGUUGAGGUAUUCUAUAAUGGAACAUGGGGAACUGUCUGUGGGAGGCACACCUGGGACCCAAGAGACGCAAAUGUCGUUUGCCGUGAGCUAGGGUAUGGACCGUCUACAAUACACAGCACGUACUCUUUUGGACAAGGAUCGGGACCUAUAUGGAUUGGCUGGUCCGGCAGUAGUCCACACUGCACUGGAAAUGAGAUGAGUAUAUUCAACUGCCUUAGUGGCACACCUGGUAAUGUGGACACCAGCUGCACACAUACUUACGAUGUUGGGAUAAGAUGUAACACGAACACUCCGGUGUCGCCUCGACCAAAAUGUAAAACCAAAAACUGGGGAGGAAUCACAUCAAAAUCUGCAACCACUGCGGCCUUGACAAACUUGAAGUUCAGCAAUACAGGCAAUCUGCAUGGGCGUUCACACGCAGCCAUAUCCAUUCAAGAAGCACAGGAUUCUGCGGAAGUUUCUGAUAUUGAAUUGUCUGACUUUGUAGGGACUGGAAUACAGCUUGUAGCAGGCAAAACAGACAGAAGUGUUAAGAGUGUGAACAUUUCACGUUGUAACGGGUAUGCAGGUGUUUCUCUCACAGGCAGAAAGUCCAGUGCUAUGUCAUCAACAAAUAUUCGUAUCACCGACAGUGUCUUUACAUCAGGGUCAUUUGAACUCAAAACACACACUCAGGGUAUUACGCACUGUAUGAGUAAUCCUGGAUCUAUUAUGAGCCUAUGUGCUAAGGAGCCUGACCUCCAUCUCAAGAAUAACAUGUGCUUUAUGGAGACAGGAAGGACAAGUUCAACGUGCUAUAGGCACCUGUACGCAGGUGAGGGCAUUACAGUUGAACUCAUUGUCUCAUUCGUUCAAUUUCGACCUUAUUACUAUAGGUCGGGUUUACUGGUUUUUGUGGAUAGCAGCCAAACUCAACAGAUUGGACAGGUUACUCAAUCGGACAACGGCAAGAAAUACAUUCGGUUUGUGUCCCAGACGACAAUGAGUCUACGUUACGAAUCCAAUUAUAAUGACGACCAUAUCGUUGGAGAGGUCAUUUUCUAUAACGAGACAGGCGUUACUGAUCCAGUUAAAUUCAUCAUCGAGAACAGCAUGGUUGAGAAUACCACUGGAACAGUUAUCAACGUCACUGCAACUAAUGGCGCAAUCUUCGACAUCCAACGUAACAUGUUUCUGCGUAAUCAACCUCAUGCUGAUAGUAACGAGCAAGCUGUGGUCAGUGGUGUUCUAAUUGACUCCUUUGUCAGUGUAAGAAACAACUAUAUGGCUAACAACAUGAUGAAAGGCAUAUCUAUUGAUCUGACCAACCAGAAAGCUGGAAAUAUAACAGUUCUAGACAACCAUUUCUUCAGGAACACAGGCGAGUCUACAAUAAUGGUGACAGGAAACAGCUACCGCACGACACAGCAACCCAUACUAAUAGACAGUAACGUCUUUUCAAGCAAUGACGUCCGUAUCACACAGAGUAUAGUGAAGUUCGAGAAUGUUGAUGGACAGUUGGACAACAACGUUUUCUUUAACAACUCGGGACACCACGUUGUGAGUUGGGAAGGACGAAGCAGAACGAAUAGCCGGCAGAUCUGUGAGAACAAUCUGUUCUACGACAACAUCGGACUGACUCCAGGGGAGAAAUACACCGUUCUUGUCUCAGCGGGACGAGAUGUUCAACUGCACGGUAAUGUCCUGACCAACCCGGCGAACGAUGCUGAGCUGGCAACGGUGAAUAGGACAGGAGGUUACUCCGUAAAUGCCACCCUGAAUUGGUGGGGGUUCAACUCUACAUCAGACGUAUCUAAAAGGAUCAGAGACAUGAACGAUCACGAGGACUGGCAACGGGUGCACUUUCAACCAUGGAUAGAGGAGGAAAUAACUGAUGGUCCCUGUGGUUUAGGCUGGACCUACAGCAAGACUUUCAGCGCCUGUUACAGGUACAUGGGUGGGGCACAGUCUUGGGACAGCGCUGUGCAAUCCUGUCAGGCUCAGUAUUCUGUACUGACCAAGAGGUUUGCCGGUCCAGAGAGAAACUUCAUCGACAGCUUGCUGAUCACACGAAAGGUGCGCUUUGCGCCAGAAGUACCCGUUUGGAUAGACAAACAAAUGCAGUCACUGGACAACGCAACUACGAACUGUAAAAUUUAUCUUGGAGACAACCUACAGACUGUUCAGGAUGCAUCGUGUGACUCUUUCUUCCCAUACGUCUGCAAGAGACCUGUUGUCAAUGAAUGCCCGAACUCCUGCUCUCACCACGGACUUUGUGAAGGACGGACCUGCAUCUGCGGGCGAGGCUGGGAGGGAAAGGACUGUUCUAAGUUCAACUGUAAAGACAGGAAUGAUUGUAAUACAGAGGAGCGUGGCAUCUGCGUGGGGCCAAAUAUCUGCAGGUGCAGACAUGGAUGGCAGGGGCGAGCAUGUACAGUCAGCUACUGCAACAGGUUCACCAGCUGCAAGUCCUGUACACGUGAGGUCGGCUGUGGAUGGUGCGAGCAAAGACAAAGUUGUGAAUCUGGGCAGUACAGCAAACCAGACGUAUUUGGAUGUGUGUCGUGGUUCUACCACAGCUGUUUCACAGUGGGGAAACGGGAUCAAUGCUCAAGCCAAAUAGAGGUCAUGGACUGUGAGAAAAUACAAUGCAACCCCUCCCUCUCAACAACUACCGUGGAAUCCUGUCUGAGGUGUCGAGAUAUAGAAGGGUGCUUCAAGGACUUGGGCGAAGAGUAUUGCAGCGUGUGGAAUGAAGAUCAGUGUCCCAAGGGUUUCAUCCACCCACUGUACAACGACACCACGCGCAUUGAGAAGAUUCUGAUCGGCCAUAACGUGAAGUACGUCCCGUCAGACGACAACAUCUUGUACCGGUGUCCUGUCCGCUUCUCCAGCUGGGGAGCCACCAUGUUUGUGAAUGAAGGGAACCUGGACAUCCGGAUCGGUCAGGUGCUGUCUAGUCCUCAGGCAAACGGUGUACUACACAAGGUGGAACAAGUGAGAAGGACAGAAGGUUACACGGUGAUAGUAGCACACCCCGCCACUCUGGAGGACAUGCUGGAUUACAGUGACUUCAGCCAGGAGGUUCAGCUGGAGAUGGCUGUGGACAUGAAGAGGAACGAGGGAGCUCCUGAGCUGUCUGUGGUGGAGAGGGUGCUGAGUGGAAACGGGGCAUGUACCUUUAAUGGGAGCGCUGUUCGUGUCAUAGCGGAAGAUGUCUCUGUCUACAAGUGUAUUGGCACCCGGGCUAUGAAUGAAGGAGAAGGCAGCUACCACCUGCUGAUGAGAGACAUCCCUGAUCACCUAUCAGUCGGUGACGUCAUUGUAAGUAACCACAGUAACGGGAUACUGGAGCAGGUUAUCAAGCAGACAACUACACCUCACGGAGUUUUCAUACAAACUCAGUUGCAGGACUGCUUUGCAGAUUUUACCUUCCGGGAGGACCUGAAUACAGCGGACGGGACAACCCUUCCCGCCUCCCUGCCGUGUUCGGGCGGACCGGACGGGGCACACGGGCUGCUCAUCGUAGACUCUGCAGGACAGGAAGUGGACCUGGAGACUGGCGAUGUGGUGGUGGGGAGAAGGAGUGGCAGGUUGCUGGCAAAAAUUCUGAGUAUCACCACCGCUCCGGGGCACACGCUAGUGGAAGUGGAGCCUAUCCUGAGCAGGUCUACCAUGAAAAUGCCGUCAAGAAGACGACGGCGGGAAGAUGUCACCGUAUCUCCAGCCAGAGAACGUUUCGACAUCGUCUUCGAAGAUCAAUUCUGUGACGUCACCGAUAAAUAUAGCAUCAAACUAUCUACAAGUGGAGAACUCUCGACUGACAUCAAACUUUCGCUCGAAGUUUCCACGUCAGAGUUUCGAACACCCACACUUAAAAAUGUAACCGCUUCCUUCAUCGGUGGACGACUAGAAGUAGGACUGGAAGGUACCAUAGAAGUUUGGGAGAGCAUACAGGCGAAAGGCGGUUUUCAAUUGCCAGAGUUGUCGCCUGCCUACGUCUCUCUGUGUGUAGGAAGCAGAUUGUGCAUACCAGCCAAAAUAUGGGCGGACCUUGAAACAUCGUAUAACAUCUCCACUGAGGGUCCAGGUAGUAUUCAAGUGGCCUCCAUUGUGAAAAAAACAGAUAUUGACGGUAGUGGAAGCUGGCAGCCACAAGAAGGAGGUCAAUGGUUCGCGUUUGUCCAGAAUGAGGAAUCCGACAGCAGUAUAGAUAUGACAUUCUCUGGAACUGCAGACGAAAGUGGCCAUCCCGUCGGAUUGGAGCUAAAAGUAAAUUUAUUAUUUUACAUCGAGUUUCCCACAUCUGGAGAAAGUGAAGAGGAAGAAUGGGCAAUGCUAUCAGGUGUAGCUGACGGAGAGGAUGUUUUUACAUACAGUAUCACAACAUCCAUUCAAUCACAAUCACUCCUGCUUGUAUCAGACCAGUCGUGUUCCAUUGAGUGCCCGAAUUCACAGGAAGUUAGCGUCACCUCAUUGUUGGACUAUCUGAAAGGGACAUUCAACGUAAUAGCAGGAAACAAGGAUUACUAUCAGCCUCAGGAACAAAAUGAUACAUGGAGACAUGAGGAUUGGAUGGACUCGCACAGAUAUUGUAAAGCACUGCCUUCAAGUAUUGAUAACUGCACUAACGUGUGCUCGUGCCCCGAUGGAGCAACAGGGAUGCCGCACCCAACUAUCGAGGAUUUCUGCAUGUGUCCUUGUAACUGUUCGAAUGGGAAUAUGAGCUUCACGGUACCGCACCCCGACAUUUCUGCGGCCGAAUGCAACUGCGAUGUCUGCCCCGAUGGAAACUUCAAAACGGUCAACAGCCAAGAAGGCCACUUAUACUGCCCAUGCGUGUGUCCUGACAACAGCAAAUCAGAACUAACCAGUUCAGGGAAAUGUGACUGUUCCUGUACCUGCGCAGAUGGCAGCAAGGAUGUAGUGUUGAGCGAUGGCAGCUGUCCGUGUAGGUGCACAUGUAAAAACUGCCACGAGUCGGUUCGAAUUCGCGGUCCUGAAGGUUGUAUGUGUCCUGACAGCUGUCCUGACUGUGAGAAUGGCGAGAAACCUGUGUGGCAAGACUGCGUCUGUAAGUGCCCACAGAAGACAGAGUGCGGGAUCCCACCUACAUGUGUGGUAGGGAGGAUGGGGCCAGACUGCAGACAGCCAGACUGUAGGCCAUGUCAAGGCUGCUCUGGAAACGGCCGAUGCACCACGUCGACAGACAGCUGUCAGUCAUCCUGCGUCUGCUGGCCUCAGUGGUUCGGCGACUGUUGUGAGCUACGCCGUCCUCGUCCCGUUGGAGGGGACCCUCAUCUCCAGACACUGGACGGAAUAUCUUACGACUACCAUGGUAUUGGCGAGUUCUGGGACUGUAAAAGUGUGCCCAACGACUUCGGCGUACAGACCCGAAUGUACGCGUAUGAGAGGGCUUCUCUGAUUGGUGGUGUGGCAGUGAAGGCUGGGCAUAGCGUCGUCACUCUGAUGACAUCACCGAACGCAACAGAAAAGGAGGUUCCCAAAAUAAGGAUCGACGGUGAACUGCAUCAACUUUCUGUCGGAGAGAAAUAUCUUCUAAACAACGGGACGAUACACCUACUCGCUCAGCAGCAAUCUACAGCCACUACAUCAGGGGCUGUUAUCAUCGUUUCUAUCACUUUCGCAUCAGGAGCUGCUGUGUCAUUUGACGUCCGGUACUCACCAAAGAUGGGCCGGCAGUUUGUGAACAUUCUGUUCAGCCCCACUGCCAUAUUCAAGGGCAACACGGAGGGGCUGUGCGGGCUCAUGGAUGACGAUGAUGCCAAUGACUUCACUGGUCCGGACGGUGCUGUGUACAACGACUCUUCUGUAUUUGCUGAAACCUGGCGUAUAAGUAAAACCCACUACGGCUCUGGUCUGAUGGGGUCCUGGUCAUGGAACUCUUCGAACUUCCAUCCUGAUGAUGUCAUGGAUUCUGCUUAUUCUGACCCGGCACACCGCCCUUCUGUGGGAAUAGAUGGCCUGACACAAGAGCAAAAGGAAAAAGCUGAAGAGAUGUGCAUCGCUCUCAGCUUGACCGGUACUCUGCUGAAUCAAUGCAUCUUUGACGUGUCAAUCACCAACGACACAACCUUUACUGAACAGGAAAUUUUCAAAGGUUGUCCAAACCAGUGUUCCGGUAGGGGUCGCUGUGUAAACGGAACCUGUGACUGCAUAACGGGCUGGUCUGGUGAAGACUGUAACCUUGGAAACUGCACAGACUGCUCCGAGGAUCACGGCAGGUGUGAGCUGGGGUUCUGUGUGUGCGAGCCCGGAUGGGAGGGAGCAGCCUGUGAUGAACAAGCAACAUGUUAUGCUGUACGAAACUGCACCAGCAUGGACCACGGGAUCUGCAUAGUCACAGAUGUCUGCAGCUGUAAACCAGGCUACAUCGGUGAAGACUGCAGCAAGGUUCCCACAUGCGGAAACGUUGCUAACUGCACCGACCAUGGAGUUUGUGUGGACUACGACACCUGUUUGUGUGAUGAGCAGUGGACAGGUGACAAGUGUGACCAGUUCUCGUGUGCAGCAUUGGAUCACUGCUCUGGGCACGGCCGCUGUGUGGACAUAGACGUCUGCUACUGUGAGCAGGGCUGGACGGGUAGCUCCUGUGUCACACCCGACUGUCCUGCAGUCAACCAGUGUUCCCGACAAGGAGACUGUAUCGGACCAAACGUUUGCCAGUGUUACAGCGGAUAUCAAGGUCUAAACUGCGGCCAAGCUCUAAACUGCCCCAAUUUACAAGAAUGCAAUGAAAACGGUGCUUGCGUCAUCAGUUCUGAAGGGCAAAAGCAAUGUCGCUGCUUUCCAGGGUUCAGCGGUUCAAACUGUGACCACCCAGACUGCACUGAACAGAAUAACUGCACUAACCACGGCAGCUGCAUAGAGCCCAACCUGUGUCAGUGUGACAGUGGGUACACUGGAAAUGACUGUGCUAACUUCUCUUGUGAAGCACUGAGCUAUUGUUCCGGCCAUGGACGCUGUGUGAGCUUCGACACGUUCAGCUGUGAUCCUGGCUGGUCAGGUGGUUCCUGUAACAUUGCAAACUGCAGCAGCAAGAGCGACUGCUCCAGCCAAGGCACUUGUGUUGCCCCAAACACAUGCGAAUGCUUCCCUGGGUUCCAAGGGGAGGACUGUAGCGAAGAGAGCUUGCCAAAUGAGAACCCCCCUAUAUUCCAGCAGGACAGAUACGAUGCCACCAUCGCCGAAAAUCAGCCGGUCGGUACUGCAAUAAUAACGGUGUGUGCAAAUGACACUGACAGUGGACGUAACGGUGAGGUCAGGUACAGGCUUGUCCAAACAGGUUUGGAUGAUGAAAACUUUGCAGUGCAUCCUACUUUGGGGGUCAUAACAUCAGUCGUUGAGUUUGACUUUGAAUCGUUGGAACACACUUCGUCCAGUAUCAUCGUCGAAGCAUUUGACCAGGGAGUACCAACGCUCACUGUAACUGCCAUGGUAACGAUUAACAUAACAGACGAGAAUGACAACAAACCUGUCAUCAACAUUCCUACUGACACCGAGUAUAACGUUCAAAGUGCCUCCCCCAUCGGCUUUCAUGUGAUUACUGUCCAAGCUUCUGAUGCUGACAAGUCGAUCGAUAACUCCCAAAUCACAUACGGAAUCGCAAGUGUCAGUCCAUUUGUUUCCAUAGAUGCCACAAAUGGCAGUGUAACCAUUAGCAGUGCCUUGGAGAGCGGUGCCUACUUGGUGAGGGUCAUUGCGUCUGAUAGCGGUUCACCACCAAAAACAGACGAAAGAAGCCUCCGUAUAAUUGUGACUAAUAUCAGCACCAACACAGCUCCACGGUGUCCAGAAGAUCAAAGGUAUGAGAUUUCAUCUGACAAUCUCACAAAAGGAUCAACAAUCGCAACCAUAGAAGCAGAAGAUCCUGACAACAGCCCAAACGGUGUCGUUUCCUACAGUUUUAAGACAAAGACAGGCGAACUGGCAAACGUCUUCAGCAUUGACCCAUCAACUGGUCGGAUCUACGUUGAGACUGAAGUACCCCAGUUUGACGACCCUUUCUCAGCUGUCUCAAUGACAGUUGAAGUUAGAGACAACGCCGUGGAUUCCAUGUCCUGUGAAACAAAUGUCGUAGUGAUAAUAACUUCCCCUGGGUUCAGCGGAACCGUGCCAGAUAACGUAUUCCCAACAAUGCCGCAAGUAACUACGCCGCUAGCCACGACAUCCGAGCCACAAACCACACCUUUUGAUGGAUCAACCACCGAGUCUACAACGCAGCCAGACAUUACAACAGAGGAAAGUGAUAGCUCUACUGAUCUUCCUACAGCAGAAGGAAUCACAUCUUUCGAUAGAACUACCACCGAGCCUACAACGCAGCCGGAUAUUACGACAGAAGAAUCCGAUAGCCUUACCGCCUUUCCUACAAACGAAGGAACGACACCUUUCGACAGAUCUACCGCUGGGUCUACAACUACAACGCAGACAGACAUUACAACAGAGAAAUCCGAUAGCUCGACCACCCUUUUCUCAGCUGAAAGAACAACACGUGGGUCUACAACACAGCCGGACAUCACAACGAAGAAAUCUGAAAGCUCUACAAGCCUUCCCUCAGCAGAUAAAGUGAGCACAACCGAAGAGUAUGAAAGAAGCACUGUACCAAGAACAACAACAGAAGGCCUUCCUGUGGUAGUGGAGGCACGUUUGUUCAGAGGCGUCAUAAAGAUCGUGAAUCGUGAUUGGAAUGAUGAACUGCGGGAUCAGGAAUCGGAAGAGUUCAACAUUUUGGCUGCAGAAGUCCAUCAAAAGCUGAAAGAUGUGUUCAGCAGCAGCAACUUAAGGGAUACAUUCGACUCUGUCGAGGUUACCGGCUUUUCUCCCGGAAGCAUCAAAGUAGACUUCUUGUUGCGCUUUAAUUCAUCCACACCCAUUGCCAGGGAUAAAGUCAUGGAUGUGUUGGCAGGGAGGACAAACAUUGGUGGUCUGCAGAUAGAUGGGAGUGUCACCAGCAUCUCAGAGGUGACUGCGGAUGAAGACAAUGUUGCAUGGUACAACGACCCGAUUUACAUCUCGGUCAUCAGUGUCGGAGCUGCAGUCGUCUUCACAGUCAUCAUAGUACUGGUGAUUUCCCGUGCAACAAAGAGUCAUCGCAAAGUAGAGCCUUGGCACAAUCUUUGGGCAUUCGACAGUCCACAGAACAAGCUGAUUCCACGAGAGAAGGACUCGCGAGAUACUGCGAGACAGAUGUACCACAACCCAAUGUACAGCGCAGACGAAUGAUCAGGAAAUAAAGCGUAAUAAAUGUUCAACCAGCGAAUGUGAAAACGUGCUAUUUCUUUGAUUUUCGUUUGUAAUCAGUUUCAGAUCAUGAAUAAUGAUAUGUCAAUGAUAUGUGUAUUCGAGAAAUGUAGUUCAAAUGAAACUAUUUUGACCUAGUUUACAAGUGUGAAGCACUUAAAAUGUAUGCUGCGUGCUGUUUUAAGGAAUUGUUGUUUUUGUACCUGACAAAAGUUUGCAGUUGAAUAUGUACUUAUAGAUACAGUUGCAGUACUAUGUCAAAGAAGAUGUAGUAAAUAUUUGUAUUAUUUCUUAGAUUUUCGACUGUGGUCUGUUUGACAUCAUAAAUAAUGGAGUAGCGUUUUUUAUAAUUAGAGAAAUGUAUUUCAAAUGAAGUCUUUAGUGUGUAAUGCUUUUGCGGUGCUGUUUUAAGGAGUUGUUGUUUUUGUACCUUUGAAAAGUGUUUGCAGUGAAAUUGGUGUUUUAUAGAUAAAGUAGAAGUACUGUUUCGUGUGCCAUGAAGUCUGUUUUACUGUUUUGAAUUCACAUAAAAGUUAAUAGUUUUACGAGUAA